CUCAUCUUUGGUAACUACCAACACUACGACUUUUUGGCAUCAACUUGAGCUUGAUUGGUAAUACUUUGGGAUGCUAGGACGCCAUCAUUCAUGCUCACCUUGGCUGCAAUUCUUCUAUUCUCCCUUUCUAGCGCGAAUGUCGAAUUGCUUUACAGUCGACAGAGCCGAAUCUGGCUACUAUUAGUAAAGGGCUUUGUAGCAAAGUUCACGAACACAUCUCUUGCAUUAGCACAAUGGCCCAUGGAUUUGAGGAGUCAUUCUUGUCUCCCCGCUUUAUCAUACUUCGGUCUCGGUUACCCCCUCUUUCAUUGAAUUCUGUCCUUGUUCCUUUCAUGAGAGGAUGAGCGCUCUACGUGGCGGUCUUGUCGGAUAAGCGGGUCCCUAUUUUGACGUGGGC